AAUUCCUAAAUAUUCCUAUUUUUCUGGAAAACUUAUCCUACUAUUAGAUUCCUAAUAUCUUCCAAAGGACAAACCUACAGAAAUUCAAGAGACCAUGUUCUUAUAAAGUUGUAAAUUGACAUUUUUUUUCCUCAAUUUCUCCAAUUAAGAUCACAACCAUAUUAAAUGUCAGGUUUAUUUAUUGGAAUUCUGUGUAUUACAAAAAGGGGUUUUCAGCUCCGAUCAUUCGAUUCAUUUUCCUCUUCUGCUUCUUCCCAGAAAGAACAAAGAAUUAGUAUAGGAAACCAUGGAUACAAGGAUGAGGAGCUAGGUGAAAAAGCUAGAGAAGCCAAGCAAAGAUUGGAUCACAAGCUAAGAAGGACAAGUAAAGAAGAAAGAGUUAAUGAUGUCGAAAACGGGCAACUAGAAUCAAAUACUUUGCAGAAGAAUUCAGAGAUGUUUAGAUUGAAGCAAAAUGGAAUAAAGACAUUUAGCAGGGUAGUAAAGCAAUGGAAGGAUUCAGAAAAGGAUGAAUGCACCAUUUGUUUGGACCAAUUCAAGAUUGGAGAUAACCUAAUGCACUUGCAAUGUGACCACAAGUUCCAUUCAUGUUGUUUGGUUCCAUGGUUAGAGAAUCAUGCCUAUUGCCCUUGUUGCAGAAUGGAGAUUGCCACUUGAAAAAUUGAUUGUGCAGAGUUUGUACAGAUAACAACAAUAACAACAACCCCGUGUAAUCCCAUAAGUGGGGUUUGGGAAGGGUAGUGUGUACGCAGACUUUAACCAAGCAGUAAUGCAAUAUAAUAUAUAUGUGUGUGUGUAUAUAUAUAUAUAUAGGAUCUUGCCUUUUUCUUGGCU